GUUGCCCAGCGACCGGGGCUGCCUGUUUCCGUGACGCGCUUCCUUCCUGCGUCACGGGACGGUCUACAGUCAGAUCGAGAGCAGGAAGAUUCGGGGUGGGCUCGGGCUGGUCGCUGCUCCGCGUUUCAACUCAGGCCUUUUCCCCAUUUGAACAAACAUGUCUUUGUAUCCAUCCUUAGAAGACCUUAAAGUAGACAAGGUGUUUCAGGCUCAGUCUUCAUAUGUGGCAAAUUCUGGAAAUCUUGCAAUCUUGCCUGAGACUGCAACCUCUGAACAAUCAGAUGGAGCCCUUUAUCCCCGUUUGUAUCCUGAAUUGUCCCAAUAUAUGGGGCUGAAUCUGAAUGAUGAAGAGAUACAGAGGAAUAUGAGUCUGGUUGCAGCUUCAGAUCAAACUGUUGCAAGGCCAUCUGGUGUAAAUUACAUGGUGGCACCAGUAUCUGGAAAUGAUGUGGGUCUUCGGAGAGCUGAAGUGAAACAAGGUAUUCGAGAAUUAAUUCUCUGCAAGGAUCAGGAUGGCAAGGUUGGCAUUCGUCUGAAAUCAAUUGACAAUGGUAUCUUUGUUCAACUUGUACAGGCCAAUUCUCCAGCUUCUCUGGCUGGCUUACGGUUUGGUGACCAGAUUCUGCAGAUAAAUGGUGAGAAUUGUGCAGGUUGGAGCAGUGACAAGAGUCAUAAAGUGCUGAAACAAGCUUCUGAUCAAAAGAUUAGCCUCAUUGUUCGUGACAGGCCUUUUGAACGUACAAUCACUAUGCACAAAGACAGCACAGGACAUGUUGGCUUCAUUUUCAAAAAUGGAAAAAUUACCUCAAUUGUAAAGGACAGCUCAGCAGCCAGAAAUGGACUCUUAACUGACCAUAACAUCUGUGAAGUUAAUGGGCAGAAUGUCAUUGGGCUUAAGGAUCCACAAAUCGCUGAUAUUCUGGCAACAGCAGGGAAUGUAAUAACCAUUACCAUAAUGCCUUCAUAUAUUCAUGAACACAUGAUGAAAAGGAUGGCUUCAAGCAUUGUCAAGUCUUUAAUGGACCAUGGUAUUCCUGAGGUGUAAAGUCCAGGAACAUCUGAUGAUUUAUGUUGAUGCAACUUUUUAGGCUUUUAGCUGACCAUACUAUAGUUAAAACAGCAGCCCAGAUUGUACCUAGCUCACAAGAUUAACUCUUGCAAUCUAACUCUGUACCCAAAAUAAUAUACAAAUUGAGCUGUUUUAUUUACUCUGCUACCCGUUUACAAAGCAUUGACACAGACUGCCUCUGAUCAUUCCUUUUAUACACUUCAUUGUUCCAUAUUCUUUUGAUUUAUAUAUGGUGUGGAAUAGUAAUUUGACAGUAUUUAAACUCUAGUGAAAUUAUCAACCUUUGUUUCCUUAUUCUAGUUAAUUGAUAGUUUUAGUUCUGUUCUUUCUUUGAGUAUUAGCACAUUUAUGUAGUAUGUAAAGAGAAUUGCGAUCAUUGGAAUUCAUCUACUAAAAUGAUCAAUGUAGUUUGAUGUAGAAAUAAAGUAUCUUCAACAUUUUUCA